AUGGCAGAGGGGCGCAUUGGGGCAACGCCGACACGCGUGAUGAUGCUGGAGACGCUGGCGGGCAUCGUGCGGCGGCGGCACCACAACGCGAACCUUGCACACGACGCGACGCCGGACGCCCGAGUCGACUCCAUCUUCAAGGACGCUAGGGCGGCACUUGUCCGCCAAUUUUACUACACGGCGAAGAGAGCACAGCAAACCGAGAGGGAAAUACGCCUUCGCAUACCCGGAUGGCAGCCCUCGCCCGGGGAAGGACCAGUAGCAGAGUGGGAAAGGGAGUGGCUCCCGUCCGGCUUCUUUUCUGACGACGGCCAAUGCGCGCUUCCGGAGAAGAUUCAGCUUGCCCGCGACAUCGCUGCAAAUGAUUGCACAAGCAACACGAUGGCACUACUCAGCGUCGAGCCUUGCGAUAGGGGCGGUGCUUGCCGUGUUAAAGUGCGGCUGAUGGUGGAGGCGCCAGGAGUUAUACUUCGACCCUGUCGACGGGACGGCACCACGCCCCCACAGCAGCAGCGACCACCCGACUGGACGGCGUACACUGAUGGGUCGGAAGACGGAAGCAGGGCGGGAUGGGCGUACGCGGUAGUCAUGGGCGGGGCCUUCCGCUCCUGGCCGGUGGAUUCCCACCGUCAGUUGGGUAGCGAGGAUUGGCCCCUCGCCGUCGGCUUGGAGGCGGUGCAGCAGCGCUUCCAGCCGGCGCUCGACGACUACCUCGCCGGCCGUCUCGAUGAGGCCGGCUUGGUGGCUGCGACCGAGUGGGAGAGGCGGUGGUACUGGUCUUUCGCGGCGUAUGCGCCCAUUUUCCGGAUCUGCCGCACGCACGGUGUGACGAUGCUGGCGCUCGACAUGGACUCGGAGGACAAGGCCAAGGUGGAGCUGGGCGGCGCCCUCGAGCCGGCCAAGCGGCGCCAGUACGUGCCGGACGGCGAUGGCUUCGAGCGAUUCGGAAGCACGAGGGCCUUCGAGGAGUAUGUGUCCUACACGCUGCGGCCGCCCUUCACGCUGAUGCGAAGGGCCGGCCAGCGCAUGACCGCCUCCACCGACGACGCGCGGACCAUCAGCUUCCCAAACUUUCUCACGCGCCAGAGCCUGAGGGACGAAGCGAUGGCGUCCGCCUCCGCCGCCUGGCUCGCCGAGCACCCCCAAGGGCUGCUAUUGGGCCUGGUGGGCGUCAACCACGUCAAAUUCUCGUGCGGCGUUCCCGCCCGGACUGCACGGAUGCUACCCGGGGGCUUGGACGCUGUUGCCUCCGUCCUCCUUAACCCAACAGCCGCCUCCACAUGCCUUAUUUCGAAAAAAGACGCAACGGGCGUCGAAAAGGAAAUUUCGCGGGGGCUGCAGCGAAAAAAAGCAAGCGAGUGCCCCUUUUAG